AUGUCGGGCGCCCUCGACAUGUCCCUCGAUGACAUAAUCAAAUCAAGCAAGAAGACUACUGGCGGCGGACACGGGCGGGGCCAUGAGGCCGGCGGGCCGUCCCGUCGCGUGCCCAACAGAACGGCUAACCGAUCCGCCCCUUACUCCUCCGGGAAGGUACGUGCUUUGAGGAUUUCCUGCGGCUGCCGGAUCCGGGCUUCCUACCGACCACCCGAUUGCUCCCAACUCGGUGUGGCAGCACGACAUGUACUGACGGCGCAAGCAGGCGGUUUUCCUGCUCCGACGGCGAGGGCUUCCUCUAUAGAUAUCGACACCAAACUGUAUAUCUCGAAUUUAGAAUUCGGAGUGUCGAAUGAGGACAUUAAGCCUAAGGAGGAAGAGGAAGCGGCCUUGUGGAGCGAGACUAAUGGAGUGAGGCCUGCAGCAUUUAGAAUUUCCAUAGCAUCACUCUCGUGA